GUAGUCUUUGUUUUAUGGUGCUUUAUAUUCUAAAGAUUUGUGAUACUAAAAGGUUUUUAAGAGCUGUUGGCUUACAUAUUAACCCUGUGUGCUUACGCUGGUUUGUUUUGUUGAUUAACUCAUUGAAACUAAUCAAACAGUGAGUCCAGAUCAACCUCAUAUAAACAGCAGCACAGCCAGAUGACACUGAAUUCAUAGCAGGGUAUAUGGGUUCUUCAGUGAAAAGCAGCAGUCCCGUCACUACACAUGUGCUGAAUACUGGGGAUGGGGUCCCAGCGGCAAGAAUGGCCCUCAGUUUACACCGCCUGGAUUCCCGCACGGCCAUCUGGAACCUCAUAACUAUCGGAAGCACAAAUGAGGAUGGACGCUGUCCAGGACUAAUAACCAGCGAUGCCUUCACUCCAGGAAUGUACAAGAUCCGCUUUGAGACGGGCCAGUACUGGGAGAGUUUGGGACAGUCCAGCUUUUACCCAUAUGUUGAGGUUGUCUUCACUAUAAGCAAUGCUGAUCAGAGCUUUCAUGUGCCACUGCUGGUCAGCAGAUUCUCAUACAGCACCUACAGAGGGAGCUAGUGAACAGCCAAUGAAACAGACACACUGGAUUCUCCAAACAGUGUUUGCAUUUGUCAGGACAUUCUUAAAAAAUGUAACUUUCAUGUGCAAGACAGAUUCUCCAGGAAAUCACCUCAAGCAGCAGCUUUCAACUUAAACACCCCAGCACGAUUUUCUGAAUGUUGUCGUGUUGCUGUUUGUUCUUUAUUUUUUAGAAUGAUCGAAAAUAGGAUUUUUACCACUGUCACAAAGUUCUUAAAAUACAUAUAAAAAACAAAAUAAAAUUCCAUUUAUUUAAUUGUA